AAAAUCCCUACAAAACUAAAAGUUGUCUACAAAAGGCUUUUAAAAAAUAUAUAUACAUAAUAAAUUGUCUUAAUUGUGAAAUGUCGUCGAAAAAAAUAUUAAAAGAAGCCCGGGAAGCUAUAAAUAAUAAGGAUUAUCAAAAUUGUGUAAAACUCUGUAAGGAAAUUUUAAGUGAAGAUAGAAAUAAUUAUAUGGCAUUAGUAUUUUUUGGAAUAUCUCUUCAAGAAGUUGGACCCAUUGAACAAGCUCAAAAUGCUUUUAAAAAGGCGAUACAGUUAAACAAUUCAAAUUGGAUAGCUUAUAACGGUUUAGCAAGUUUAUAUGAAAAACAUGGAAAUGAGGAAGAGAAAAAAGAAUUGUUUAAAAUUUAUCAAAUUAUAAUUAAAUUAGAUUGUAAUGAGAAAAGAAUUGUUGAAUGUGCUGGCAAAAUCUUGAAAUUUUGUAAUGAAAAACCUGAAAUUUUGGUAAAGUAUAUUGAGGAAUUAAUUGAUUCUAACUCCGUAACCGAAAGUGGAAAAAAUAAUAUUAGGAUGUCUUUGUAUAAUUAUUUAAAAUUAAUUCAAGAUUUACCCGAAAAUUUAAUAUCAUGUUUUAAAAAUCUUCUAAUAUUAUUAAUAAACAAUUCUGAAUUAAAUUCUUGUGAAAUACAUGAAACUUAUACGAAAUUGUUGUUUAAAUCUAGAGAAUACAACACUUCUUUAGAGGAAUCUUUAAAAACUUAUAAUUUGUAUGAUAAUAAAAAAGAAAUUAUUUUGAGAAUUUGUAAAGCAGCAAAUAAGUUAUUCUUCACCAAUGAUGAACUUCUUAAAAACCAUUUUAAUGAAUUCAAGGAAAUAAUUGAAAAGGAUCAUUUAAUUGAAGAAUUUAAAACAAAUCAUGAUUUUUUAUUAUCACGGGCUAUAUUUAGUUUCAUCAACAAGAAUUUUCAGGAAACUAAAUAUUUAUUAGAAGAAAUAAUUAAUUUAAAAUCAAAUCCUUGUGUUGAUGUGUAUCUUUUAAAAUCAAAAACUGAAUCUGAAUUAUCUUUAAAUAUUGAUGCUUUAUCUUCGAUUUUAAAAAAUCCUGAUUUAAAAAUCUCAUUAAUCCGUUGUUAUAUUAAUUUAAACGAAAUUGAAACCGCUGAAACUUUAUUAAAUCAAAUAACGAGCUUUAAAAAUGAAAGUGAACGAAAUUUGCUUGAAGCGCAAAUUUUAAAAUCAAAGGGAAAAUUUAGUGAAGCUUUAGAAGUUUUAGAAAACCAAAAAGAAAAUGAUUGGAAAUCAACUUUGGAAAUAGGAAACAUCAAUUGGGAGUUGGAAUGUUUUGAUAAAGCCUUAUUGAAUUAUUUAAAGGCAGCAAAAUUAAAUCAAAUGGCUUAUCAAGUGUUUUUAAAAUUAGGAAUUUAUUAUAAGAAGUUUAACAAUUUAGAUAAAGCAAGAAGAUGCUUUGAAAAAGUAAUUAAGGUUCAUAAUCGAUGUUUAAUUGGUAUUAUUGAGUUAAAUAAAAUUUAUAAAAUUCAACGAAAUUGGAAUGGGUGCGUAAAUGUUCUUGAAAUUUUUGUUCGUGAUAAAAUAAAUCAAUCUAAUUUAUGGGCAUGGACGGAAUUAGGUUUAGCUUAUCAUGAAAGAGGAGAUUACUCAAAAGCAAUUGAUACAUUGAGACUUGUGAUUCGAUUAAAUCCAAAUAAUAGUUCUUGCUGGGAAAGUUUAGGGGACACUUAUUUAGCCAGAGGGGCUUACACUUCAGCUUUAAAAUCGUAUCAAAAAUCUUUAGAACUUGUCCCGGGAAAUUUAUAUCCACAAAUUCAAAUUGCAUCAAUACAACAGAUUCUUGGUUUAUUUAAAGAAGCAAAAGAACAAUAUCAAGGAGUUCUUUUUAAUAAUAAGCAAUAUAUUCCAGCAUUAAAAGGAUUGGCUGAGACUUAUUUAGGAGAAGCUAAAGAAUUUAAUAGAAAUCAAUUGUGGGGACUUGCAAGAGAUUCUGCUCAGUUAGCUUUGGAUACAUUAUCUAGCGGAAUUAAUCAAAACAACAAAUUAUCAUGCUUUUGGAAAUUACUAGGCGAUUGUUGCUUUUUGGUAGCACAUCUAUCAGAACAUUAUUCCUGCUUACGCGUUCAAGAACACCUCCUUCAAGAUAAAUUCGUAAAUGAACCCUCAAAAGGGAAAUAUAUCGAGCGAGAUGAUAUAUUUGAAUUUGCAAUAAGAUGUUUUUCGAAAGCAAUCGUUUGCAUCGAUAAUAACAUAUUAAUUUGGCACGAUUUAGCGAAUUGUCUCCUGUCUUACGCUAAAAUAGCUGAUGAUCCAGAUAAAUCUAAAGAUCUUUUUAAUAAAGCUUUUGCGGCGAUUCAUCACUGUAUAAUAACCAACCCCGGCAAUUGGGCUCAUUGGAAUUUGAUGGGAGUAUUGGCUUUCUUUAAAGAACCUAAAUCUUAUUCGUUAUCUCAACACUCGUUUAUUAAAGCAACGAUUUUAGAUAAAAAUUGCGCGGUUGCUUGGUGCAAUUUGAGUACUUUAUAUUUACAUUUAAACGAAAUUAAAUUAGCGAACGACGCAUUUUCUCAAGCGCAGAGAUGUGAUCCAAACUACAUCAACAGUUGGAUUGGACAGGCUUUGAUAGCAGAAUUUUUGGGGCACGAAGAUUGUAUGGACUUAUUUAGACAUAGUACACAACUUGGUUGUCAUGAGCAAAGCGAAAUUGGUUAUGGUUAUUGGGUUUGUAAAACUUUACUUGGAGAACAAACUAAAGAAGCUCAAUAUGCUAUACGUAAUAUGCAUGCAGUUCCAGUUGCUUGUGAUUCUUUGACGUGGUACACAGAAUUACAUCCUGAUGAUCCGUGUGGUUGGAAUAUGUUGGGCCUUUUAAGAGAAAGGAUGGGAUUUAAAACAACAGCACUGAAAUGCUUUAAACACUCAUUAGUUUUAAUAAAAAAUGAUGAAGACAAAGAUAAAAUUUUGGUAAAUUAUGGAAGAUUGUUGAUUGAAAAUCAACAAUACAAGGAAGCUGUAAGGAUUUUAAAAGGGGUUAAAACAGCAACUUUUAAAAGUGGAAGCUCUUUGGCUUUAGCACUAUUUAAAAAUAAAGAAUAUGAAGAAUCUUAUGGUUCUUAUGAAUCAGCUUUACAUUGGUUAACUGAUAAUAACAAAUUACAAAGUGAUUUAUUAGUUGCUUUAGCUUCAAUGGCUUAUUUAUUUGAGGGACACGAAGCUGCGAAAACUUUACUUUUUCAAAGUGUAAAACUUAAACCGCCGUCCCCAUGGGGUUUCUAUUCAAUGCUCUCUAUAGGUUUAUUACAUCAAGAUUUACAUUUAUCACAGCUUGUACUCAACGAAAUGUCCAUUAUAAAAGAUCAAAAAGAAUCCUUAAAUCAUUAUUCCACCCUUAUUUCUUAUUUCUACCUCUUAAAAGGCGAAUCUAAACAAGCAAUUCGAGAAGUUAGCAAAUUAUUACAUCGAUAUCCCAACGAAGCUUCUUUAUGGCUAUCUCUUUCAAUUUUAUUAAUACGAUUACACAAAGAAAGGCCUCGAGAUUUUGCAGCCUCUCAAUGCGCAAAAAUCGCCACGGAAUUAGGACAGACGAAUAUGGACGUUACCAAGAUUUUGUGUUUGGUUUCGCUAAGCUUGAUUUUAUCCGGUAGUUAUAAAAAAGCUUUAAAAGCAGCACAAAAAGCUGUACAUUUUUAUCCGAACGCGGUGGAAUGUUGGGCGGUAUUAAUUUCUUCUUUACGAACAUUAAAAAAGGAAAUGAAGAAUAAAGGGAAAAUAGUGACAGAUAUAGUGGGUCAUAUUAAAAAAUUAGGGUGUAAAGAUGAGCUUUUAAGUUGGUUAAGUAAACAAUAUGUAUGAAAGAAAUAAAUAUUUCUGAAUUAUUUAAA